AUGCAACGAACAUUGACAAGUCUAUGGGCUAAAGUCCCAAAAAAUGACGAACCAGGCCUUGGUAUGCAGACUGAAGUGUCUUCAGCAGUUGUAGGACAACAUUUAGAGUUUGACAAAAACUCCAAUGAGCCUCAACCGUCGACGGCCGCACUGCCAACUCCUACAUCAACGUCAUCAGGUGAAAAUUGUGGAGAUACGAAACUGAGAAAGUUAUUUAGAACUGCUUAUGCAAUUGCGAAAAGAGGAAAACCAUUUUCUGACUUUGAAAUGAUGUGUGAAGUUCAGGAGCUAAAUGGCCUACAAAUAGGAGAAAAUUAUAGAAAUAUAGCCAGCUUUAAAAUGUUUCUAAAUUCUAUUGUUGAAUGUCUGAAGAAAAUUAUACAAGAUGAGAUAAUGGAGGUUAACUUUCUUAGCAUUCUUGGUGAUGGGUCAACUGAUGCAGCUGUGAUAGAGCAGGAGAUUGUUUUUCUGAGAUAUGUGAAUCCCACUGAUAGCAUGCCAGUAUGUAGACAAGUUGAUAUUGUACCACUAGAAGCAGCAAAUUCUGAUGGUAUUUUGCAAGCAUUAGAUACUGGGUUAUCACAGGUUGGACUUAGUUUUGAAAAACUCAAGCCUGAUAAUGAGGAAAUUAAGCAAAGCUUGGUAAUGGCUAAUUUUGAUGGUGCGUCAGUGAAUUUUGGUAAUAAAAAUGGUGUUACAAAAAAAUUAACUGACAUAAAUCCUGCCCUGAUAUCCUUACAGUGCAUUGCUCAUAAAUUAGAGCUAGCAGUUCUAGAUGCUAACAAAGAUAAUCUGGCUGUCAUGGGUAAUUUUGAGGAAACCCUGAAAGGACUCUUCAUGUUUUACCACUACUCACCUAAAAGAAGAAGAGAGCUGAAAGACAUUUCUGAUGUUUUGGAACAUGACCUGUCUCACAUAAGCGGAGUGAAGCAAGUACGCUGGCUAUCCAGUAAGGAGCGAGCAGUAAAAGCUAUCAAGAACAAUUAUGAGGCUGUUGUGACUUACCUGGAACAUGCUAGUACAGAUAAAAAUUCCAGUACUGAUAAUUCAAGCCGUGCAAAGGGCUACCACAGAACUAUCACUGCAAUCAAGUUUGUAAGACUGCUCCAUUUCCUGCUUGAUUACUUACCUAUAUUAGCAAAUCUAUCCAAGGUAUUCCAAGAGGAGAAACUUUUAAUAAUGGAAAUACCAGACAGACUAGAAGAGACUUACCUGGCAUUGAAUGCAUUAAAAGCAUAUCCUGGCAAGAAUAUGAAUGAGUUCAAUGACAAUUUCAAUGAUGAAACACUGAUGUUUGGUAACAUUAAACUUCACAAGUCACAGGGAAGACAACCGAGUAGUGCAUUUGAUGCAACAUACAUAGACAAAGUUGUUGACAGCACAAUAAAGUACAUUAAAAAACGGUUUGAAAUAUUGGAGGAAAAGCCAAUUUCACUUCUCAUGAUAUUUAACUUUCAGAAGUGGCCAAUAGAUAACCAACUUCUAGCUGCAUAUGGUAACGAUGAGCUUUCACAACUACUUAUGGAUUACCUACACACAUAUUUUUCAGAAGGUGAGAGAGAUAGAAUUAUUCAUCAGUGGCCUGCAUUGAAGGUACAUUGCAGACAAUGGCGUACAGCAAAACUUGUAAAUAUAUAUAGCUUGAUGUUGCAAAUAAAGCCGCCUCAUCUGACUGAUAUGCUGAAACUUGUAGAAUUUGUAAUGGCUGUGUCACCCAGUACAGCCAGCUGUGAGAGAGCUUUCUCAAAGCAGAACAUCAUUAAAACUCAGCUAAGAACUUCACUGACACAGGAGUCUCUACGCAAUCAGUUAAUGAUCAUGCUUGAAGGGCCUGCACUGAAGGACUUUAAUCCAGAUAGUAGCAUAACCCAAUGGCUAGAGAGCAGUAUUCGCAAGAGACACAUUUGUGGACAUAAAUUAAAAAAUAAAGUAAAUACGGAUGAUCAAAUUGAUAACAUAUUAUUGGACAGUUCUUCAAAGUUAGAUUCAUAA